AUGAUUGAAAUAAAGAUCAAUAGUUAAUGGGCAGCAUUUAUAAAAGGUCAUAUUUAUUACAGAGCCAAAGAUGUUUAAAAGUUCAAAUAAGAUUUCCCUAAGCUGAAUGAAUGUGCUUCUAAAGAUCUUUUUUUAACUGACCAAACAGAAUGGUUUCUAUCUACUACAUUCUUAUAAAAAAUAUAAGUCAAACCAAUAGAUGAAUAUAAUAUAGUGACUAUAGAGUUAAAUGAUGUAUAUUAUAAAAGAGCAGAAUAUAAUACAUUAGAAUAAAAGUUUAAUCCUCCUAUAAGUGAAUGGAUUAAAUAUUGUUUCUGCAAAAAAUUAUACAAUCCAAGAGAACACUAUAUUCAAUGCAAUUAAUGUAAUCUAUGGGUCCAUUAUAGUUGUAGUGAUAGAAGUGAUAAAGAAUUUAAAAUUAUUUCUGAAUUGAAAUUCAUCUGCUUUUAAUGUGUUGAAGAAAACAAGAACAACAAAUUAAAUUUAUCGGAUAAUGAAAAUAAAGAUGGACAACCUAACAAACUUAAUACUAAUAUAUAAGUAAAUAAGAAAAAAUGA